UAUUAGAGUUGACGCUAAACGCGUAGGUUCUUAUAACCUGGCAAUAAUAAAAAGCUUUCGAUUAUAGAAAUAAGAAAAUGGAGAAUAGUUAGUUUGUUGAUACAUAUACAGCGAACAAAGUAGACAUAAGAUUUGCGAAAAUAUUUUCUGCUACUUUUAGGAGUGUUUUACAAUAUAUAAAACAUAAAUAAAUAAGUUGAAAAUAGACUGAAAUUCUAGGUGUAAGUUUUUCAAAUAGAGAUUUCAAUAUUUAACCUUGAUGGCGAGUUGAAAUCUGUGAGUGUUUACUUUAGUUUACAAGUGUUUGUUGGUGCUAUUUUAAAAUUAUUACGUCCUUGCUACAUUAAUGCGGCGCAACUAAAAUAAGAAAAUAUACACAGACAUAAUGCACGAGAGACGCGUUGAGAAAAUUAAAGGUGGCCAUUAUGUUGCAACACACAGUCAACCCGUUGGAUACCCUGCAUAUACGCAUUCGAAUCGCGCUUACUCUACUGAUGGUGAAGAAUCACAUAAUGCAGCAUCGGCGGCGGGAUAUACAGUUUCACAGGAGUAUCCAUACAGUUCUGCACGCAAAACAAAUUUAUAUCAAAACCAGCAAAGUCCAGCUGAGGAGAGUAGUGUAAUUUAUAAUCAAAAAUGGUCAAAUGGAUCACCGCAAGCCCGCGCAUUUUCUACGCUUACUUAUGACCAAGGGGGUGAUGUAAGCAGUGAAAUUUAUGUGACUAGUGCUGCUUAUAAAGAACCUUCAGAAAUAAGUCGGUAUAGCCAUCGACCACAAUCACGUGCGGCAUCACAUAGUGUUUACUCGAUGGCAAGCACAGCAAAGACGGGACCAAGUGUUCAUUCAACAACGAAAAGAGGUGUAAAAAUAGAUGCGAUGUCAGCGCCAAACCCUUUUUGCCCUAAUAUAAAAGGAGUUUGCUGUCUUAUGUUGCUUUUGAAUCUGGGCUUAAUUCUCGUAACUUUGGGUUUUGUGAUUGUUGUGCAAUUUUAUGAUCCCUUAUAUGUGUGGAUACUUGGGAUUAUAUUUUUAAUUUUUGGAUUCCUCACUCUCAUUGGGUGCAUGAUAUACUGCGUGCAUGUUUGCAGAGACGCCAAAACACCUUCUCAAGUGCGUAAUGAAAAUCUUUACUGGACAAGACAUUGGCAAAAUAACAUCGGUUAUAUACCUACCAAAGAGAUUUCUUAUAAAGGGAACAAAUAUGACGGUUAUUCAGACCAUUAUUCGAUAAGCAAAGUUAGUGGAAAAUACUCAGAUCGUGGUAGCAAUCAUUAUUAAAAAUACGAAUAUGUUGUAUUAUAAAGGUGUUCAUGACGACGAAACUAAUAUUAAUAAUCGAUUAAUUUAAUCAGUUGUGAAUUAUUAAAAUAUAUACCCAUAGUUACAGUUAAAAGUGAAAUGUAUUUUAAAAUUAUUAGGGAACUUUUUCAAAAAAAAAACUUGAAAUUCUACAAUUUCCAAUAUUAAAAAGGAUCGGAUUUUAUUUUUAACUAUGGGUCAAUGAAUUGUAUUUAAACCAUACUCAAAUGUAUUAAACCAGGGCCAACUUGUGUGAUAAGUUGGACUUUAACGUUGUUGUACUUACAGUUAAUAAGUUUUCACACCUAUGUAUCUAUAUACUUUAUUUAAAUAUAUACAAAAUAUAAAACACUUAUUAACACAGCACGAUAUACAUAUAA